GCUCGCACAACGUUCAUUGCGGUGCCGGAAGGUAGAUGGUAACGGAAACGCGCAACCCCUAGAACAAACAGCAAUCUGGCAUCACGAGUUAGCCGGCCGACAGACAGUAGUAGAAGAGCAGUGGCAGUAGCAGUGUGGUAGAUCAUGCGCUCAUAGUUUUGUCAUACGUGUACUAAUCGAAUUUGUGCGAUUCUGUAGUUACGGUGCACGGACCGCGGACAGUAAGGGAUAAGUGUUGAACGAGGGAACUAGAGCAUGAUGAAAUUGAACAGACCCCGGUGGUCACCGCUGCUGCGGCGGAUUACUUUGCUUUUGUGCGCUGUGGUGCUAUUUCAUAACUUCGUAGCAGUACAUGGAAAUGAUGAAACUUCCACCGAGCCCCAGCCGGUUGCUGAAGAUGCUGAGCUGUACGAAACCCCAAAGGUAGACCCCAAACGUAUGUACUUUGCGGAACAUUUCGAUGAUCUGUACAGCGACGAUGCCAUCGGGAAGCGUUGGGUGAAAUCGAAAGCAAAGAAGGACGAUGCGGCUGAAGAGGUGGCAAAGUACGAUGGCGAAUGGGCCGUGGAACAACCACAGCGACCAAUUCUAGCCAACGAUUAUGGACUGGUACUUAAAUCGAAAGCAAAGCAUGCUGCGAUUGCAUCGCACUUGCUGCUUAAUCGACCAUUUGUGUUCGAGGACAAGCCAUUGGUGGUGCAGUACGAGGUAAAUUUACAGGAGGGUCAGGAAUGUGGAGGUUCCUACAUUAAGCUCCUAUCCGUCGGUGAUGGGACGAAGGAUUUGAAGCAGUUCCAUGACAAAACACCGUACACGAUCAUGUUUGGUCCGGACAAGUGUGGCAACGAUGUGAAGCUCCACUUCAUUUUCCGACACGUCAACCCUGUGAAUGGUACCAUAACCGAGAAGCAUUGUAACAAGCAAAAAGACCGGCUAGACGAUCCUUUCAAAGACAAACGUCCCCAUCUGUAUCAGCUGAUUAUUCGCCCGGACAACACGUACACCAUCCGAGUCGAUCAUAAAACGGUCAACGAAGGUUCGCUGCUUACAAACUUCACCCCGGCAGUAAAUCCACCGGCCGAGAUUGAUGAUCCGGAAGAUCGCAAGCCCGAAAACUGGGACGAUCGUGAAAAGAUUCCCGAUCCGGACGCAACCAAGCCGGACGAUUGGAAUGAAGAAGAACCAGCCCAAAUUGCUGACCCGAAGGCCACCAAACCGACGGGUUGGUUGGACGAUGUGGAAGAAAUGGUACCGGACAGCGGUGCGGUAAAACCGGACGACUGGGACAACGAUAUGGAUGGUGAAUGGGAACCACCGCUAAUUCCUAACCCGCUGUGUGAAAAGGCAGUCGGUUGCGGCUUGUGGAAAGCACCGAUGGUGCCGAAUCCGAACUACAAGGGCAAAUGGCGUCCACCGCUAAUCGCUAACGUAAACUAUCAAGGCAAAUGGGCACCGCGCAAGAUACCGAAUCCGGACUUUUUCGAAGAUUUGACUCCAUUCCGAAUGACGCCUAUUGCUGCGGUAGGCAUCGAAAUUUGGUCCAUGUCGAGUGACAUUCUGUUCGACAAUAUUGUAAUUAGUGAUGAUGAAGCAGUGGCUGAUGAAUGGGCAGCACAAACGUUUGAUCUUAAGGUCAAAACACUCGAUCGGCAAGCGCAAACACUUUGGGACCGAGCGAUGAGGUACAUCAACUACAAGCCAGGCUAUUGGGGAGCAUAUUUUGUUUACUGUUCAAUACCGUUGAUCGCAUACGUAUGGUUCCUCUGGUCACGACGAGAUAAAGAGUCUGAUGCAAAGGCGGAAGUUGGGCGCAAAAAGAAGAAUGACGAUUAUCCAGCCCCGGAAGAUGAUCUGGAUGCGCCGGAGCUGGAUGACGAUGGCAGGUCGAGUAAAACAAAGCUGAACGCCGCCACUACGGGCUCGUCUGGAUCACGCUCUGCCAGCAGUGCCGGUGACGCUUACGGCGAAGAUGAUGAUGACGAGCAGGAGGCCGACGAUGCUGAAGGUGACGACGACGAAAAUGAAGAAGAACCACAGGAAGAGGAGGCUAAGGAAAUGCCGGGAGGUGUCGAAGAGGAUGCAUCGUCAAGCGAUGUACCCGUAGAUAGCAAGAAUUCGGAAGGUGGAGAAGGCCUUAAGAAGAGAAAAGCUCGCCGAGAUUAGA